GUGCACUGUGAGGGAUGGGGCAGGGUUAUGCGUGUGAUCGUAGGUGUGCUCCAGCCAACUCCAGCCUCGCGACAAAGUUCCAGUAUUUCCGGUUUGUCACUCAUGGGCAUGCUAACAAUUCUUGGUGGCAAUGACAGCAAUGAACGCCAUAGUUGUACAGCGCGGACGAGGCAUGAGCCCGCGUGGCGCUCAGUUCUUGCGAGCAGGGGCUCCAGAUGACCGGUACGGUGGUUCCUGCGUGGGACUGUGAUCAGGCCCCACGGAGACAAAAGAGGCGACACUCUAAAAGGUCGGCCAUGUCUGCUUCCAAAAUGGUUCGUUUCCUGCUCCCUGCCAAAGUCUGCGGGGGCUCGACACCUGGGCACAAGGUGCCUCCCGUAGGACAAGCAAGGCGGUGCCAGUUCCGGUGCCCGACCUGCGAAGCUAUCUUCAGCCACUACAUCCUUCUGUGCAUUCACACGUGGAGCCAUGCACCGGAGGACAUGUGCAUCCCGAGCCCUGCUCUCAAACCAUGCAGCAUCCUGCAGAGCACAGAAAACUUCGGCCUCCAGUGCUUCCUCUGCCCGCUGCGUUUUGGCAGUCACGCGGGGCUUCGUCAGCACCUCGACAACAACCACACGGAGGCGGACGACAUUAGCCGUCUUCGGUUUGCGUGCGCUUUUUGCGCCAUGCGCUACGCGUCAGCAGACCUGCUCAUUGCUCAUAUCCAGCAGCAUGCUAUAUGGGAGGACGGAGAUUUCUAUCCUAUCUUCAUGGGCAUUGUCGGCAACCCAAAGCCCCGCACAAAGAGGUCUCCCUAUGCCAAUCUGCAAAAAGAUGGAGUGGCAUCUUCAUCCUUGGCACUUGACAGCAAGUCAGAGUCCUACUGCGGCCCGGGGCCACGACUGCCCUACAACAAGCUGCGGUUUAACGAAACAAUCCCACGAUCGUUUGAGUUUGACGAGUUGAUCAGGGAGUUGCAGAAGAUAGCGGGAGAGAGUCCGACAGGGGACAUGGUGGCGAGGAAGUCGGCGCUGUCGGACAGAUGUCGCGCCAAAGGCAGCCACAGUGUCCUGCGCUACUUAUGUGCCCUUUGUGGGAUGAAGUUCCAGCAUGGAUAUCAGAUAGACGAGCAUGUCCGACUGAGGCACCAAGGCUUCCUGAAGCUCAUGAAGGCACGACACGCCUGCGUCUACUGUGGGACCAAGUUCUUCAAACUUUCCGUUCUAAGGGAACACCUGCUCAAGCAUCAUGCAGUGGCAGUGACACCACAGAAAGCUGUCAUGAGGUUUUAAUUGGCAAGUAUCGCAUACACAACAAAGGUCACAAAGUGGCGGCUCCUGUGCAGUGAAUUGCAGAUCCUACAAAGAUGAAAUAGAGCAGGCAGCAUGGUUGACUCAGUCAGUCACCAAGAGUCCACGAUAGCUCUAGAGCACGAUGCUACCAACCAGAGUGAUAUUGUGUUUGUACACAGGUUGACCACUUGCAGGAAAAAUUGCUACUUGCAACAGUAAAAUGAACAUGAAAGAAAACAAGUACUAUAAUAGUACUAUAUACCGUAGAAUGACGCGCAUCCACCCAUUCCACAUUAAAUGCUCAUUUCCAAAUGUCUAAGAUGAGAAACUGCACAGGUGAUUAAAGGAGCCAUGAAACGCUUUUUCAACUUUUUUCUGUUUAGCUUUUCUCCUCAACUCAUAAAUCGCGCAUUGUACCAAACAGUUCAAGAAGUCGGAAAGGGGGGAGUCCCCUCUUGCUCGGAAUCUCGCUUGUGUAGCCGGACACAGCCAUUGUCCCCCUAGAAGAUUAGCCCGUCGCUCAAAAUUCCGACUAGUUGCUUUCCCCACCCCGUUCACCCCGAAGCUGACAGUGCUGUGGAAGCUACGUGCUUGUUGGGCCAGCCACACAUUUUCCACGUGAUCACGCUCUCUCGCGCAUACCGACCCGCAGAGAAUGAGGUCAGGUGAUGAAAGGGAGGCGGCUGAUUGGUCCGGUAAGCGCGUAGCUUCCACCGCAAUGUCAGCUUAGGGGUAAAGGGAUUAAGUGAGGUCCGGUGUCGUGUGACGUGCGCUUGGGUCCCGGUGACGCGCUGCGGGGGCCCGGUUAUGGUGGCUAGUAGCCCGGUGACGCGCUGCGGGGUCCGCGGAUGUAUCACAGUGAAAAGGCGGAGAGUUUACGAAGGGAAGGAGGUACGAAAUAGUCCGCUAUGUCUUGCAAAUUUUCGUAGCGAAAGUCAGGCUUCUGACUUUCUACCUUUGUUCUUUUGGCCCACUGAACGAUGUGCUAUUAGUAAAAUCCCAAUAUAAAUUGAUUUACUCCAUCCCAAAAUUCGUUUCAUGGGUCCUUUAAUAUGUAAAAUUGAUGAACAGACAAGCGCCCAUCCCCCAUUUUUUCACGAUUAUCUCGAAAUUUUGAAUGGGCGCUUGUCCGGUAUUUUAUGGUAUACAGUUGUGCAGUGCAUUUGUGCAGUGCAUUCAAUCAUGCUGGUGGUUAUCUGCCAAGGAUUACUAGUGUUUUGUAACAUAAAAGCAAUAUUAUGUGAAAACACUUUCUGCAGCAAGUGUCAUGAGCACGUAAUUUCUGGAGAGUUCCAUGUUUUCCAUCUUGGUUCAAUAUACAACUAAAAGCUGAUAAAAUUUAUUGCCGUUUCUCUAAGUGCAAAGAGGGAAAAAAUGUAGCAGGCAUAUUGAUAGAAGGCAUAUACGACCCUUGUACCCACUUGUGCUAUGGGUACAAGGCACUGUGGUAAAGGGAAGCUGAAGUGGUUCUUGAAACAUUGGGGUUUAGGGUGAAUGGCAACAUAUUUUUGACUGGUCAGUCCAUAUAGGACAACUGCUAGUACUAAAAAUACUGCUAACCUGAAGAAAGAAAGAGAGGACAGCCAGCCGUGAUGUCUCCAGCUCACUGGCUUUUGUGCGGGUUUAACUGGCUGGUGUCAUGUCAUCUCCAUUGAAAAAGUUGCAUCGAAAUCUACCUCAGGCAUGGUUAGUUACCUCUAUUAAAAUAGUUACCGUAUUCUCCGGACCAUGGUGUGCACCCUGUGUAUAGUCCACAGGGGCAAAUUAGGGGUCAGAAAAGUUUUUGCUUAGAUAGUCCCGGUGCACAGUCCACACUUAGUGCCUAGUCCGAACAUAAAAAUUAUCAUACACAGCACCUUGACAAAUGCCUGCUGUAUUAACUCACAAAGAAGCUUGUAUCAUACAUAAAUCAACAUUAAUAUACUUCGUUAUUCAUAGAAUCCAGCAUGUCUUAUUAAAGUGAAUAAUCUAGAAAACAAUAAAUCCUCUUACAGUCCUCACUUGUAGAUAAUCCGCAUAGGGUAAAAUUUCAACUUUUACACAUGUAAAGUCCGCAGACUAUAUUCCGGAAAUUAUGGUACUUCAAAAGUACUUUGUUCAUUCAAGAUGUAUUUUUUUUUUUUUAUAAGGUAGUUCUGUCAACAUUCAUCAACGUGUGUAAGUGCCCACAAAUAAAAACCAACUUCGUAAGAAUUAUUGUGCAGCUUAUUUGCGAGCGCGGCAUUUUAGCAGUUAAAAAUUGGAGAGGACACAAAACACGCGGCAAAAGCGUGCAAUGGGAUGCUACAAACACCCAAAACAGCACUCGUAUAGCGAUAUCUCAAACGGAUGGCCGUACGUUUCAAAAAAGGAGGCGCAUCCGACUGAUAUGUUUACGUCUUGUUUCUCCGAGAAGGAGAGGGAAUGGCCUCGCGCCUUCUCCACCUCGCUGCCUUGAGAGGGCGAAGCGAAGAGAGGGGGAAACAAGAUAUCUUCACGUCACGCGCCUCGUCGGCCUGGUUCAAUCUCAACCUCUUUUUCCAAACAAUACGGCCGUUCAUU